GCCGGCGCGGCAGAGGAGUCACCGUUGGAAUGAUAUAAAAAAGAGAUUGCUUGCAGUGUACUGGCCAACGAAGUCGCGACAUGACUCCUGCCAUAGCAAUCAUUGGAGCUGGCCCAAGCGGUCUUCUUCUUGCCCGCCUUCUUCAGCACCUCGGCAACAUACCGUCCACCAUCUUCGAACUCGACCUCUCUUCCUCUGCUCGCGGUCAAGGCGGCACUCUCGACAUCCACGAAGGAACCGGCCAACGCGCCCUGAAAGCCGCUGGUCUCCUUUCAGAAUUCCAAAAAUAUAUGCGCCCAGAAGGCGAUUACCUCCGUCUGGUGGACAAGACCGGUUUCAUACAUAUAGACGGAGAAACGCCCGGUGAAGGACGUCCUGAGAUCGAUAGAACUCAGUUGCGUCAACUUCUCAUUGAUUCUGUGCCAGCUACCACCAUCGAGUGGGGAUCCAAAAUCGCCAGCGUUCAGCCUACCCCAGACGGGCGUUUCAGAGUCACUUUGGCGGAUGGAUCAGAAGACCCACGCAGUUUCGACUUGGUGGUGGGAGCUGACGGUGCAUGGUCCCGCGUUCGCCCUCUGGUAACAGACGUUCUCCCCUUCUAUUCAGGAAUUAGCGGCGUGGAGGUCCGUUUCCGCGACGUCGACACGGCUCAUCCGGAGAUUUCCAAGCUGGUAGGACAAGGGAGCUACUUCUGCCUUAGCGACGAUAAGGCAUUCUUCGCACAGCGCCAGGGAGAUGGCAGUAUCCGCAACUAUGCCAUGCUCCGUACUCCAGAAAGCUGGAUAGAUGAAUGUGGUAUUGAUUUUUCAAACCCACAAGCAACUAAAGCCGCGCUGCUCGAGCGAUACUUCGAUGAUUGGAGUGAGGCCAACAAGGAUCUCUUUCGCCUGGCCGAUGAUGACCAUGUAAUUGCACGCAAGCUGGUCAUGCUCCCCGUGGAUCACUGGUGGACUUCACGACCAGGAGUAACGCUGAUGGGUGACGCGGCUCAUGUCAUGACACCGUUCGCCGGAGAAGGGGUGAACAAUGCCAUGGUAGAUGCACUGGAACUGGCAGAAAAGGUGGUUGCUGCGCUAAAAGACGGCUCGACGGGAACGACGGAGGAGAAUUUGGCGAAGGCGGUGAAGGAAUACGAGGAGGAUAUGUUCGCGAGGGUCCAAGUUGUAGCGCGUGAGACGUUACACAAUCUGGAUGUCUGUUUCUCUAAGAAUGCGCCUUUGGAAUUCAAGGAAAUGAUGGAAGGAUUCAAGGCUGGUGGUGGCGAUGUAUAAACGUUUUAUUUUCGCUUUUUUUUCUCUCUUGUAGUACUGCAAUCGUAGACAGGUAGGUUAAUAGUUGAAGUAGGGAACCAAGUGUAACAUUGACGCACCCAUGGGACAACAUGAAAGUAAAAAACAACUUAAGAUACCCAUCUUGAAGAGCUGCUACCGCAUUAUAGGCAGAAGCGAUGAUGACGGUGGCUGACGGUGGUG